GUUUGAGAUGCCCUACAACAUCUGGUGUGACGGCUGCAAAAAUCACAUUGGCAUGGGGGUCCGUUACAAUGCUGAGAAAAAGAAAGUGGGGAACUACUACACCACGCCAAUCUACAGGUUUAGGAUGAAGUGCCAUCUGUGUGUCAACUACAUUGAGAUGCAGACAGAUCCGGCAACCUGCGACUAUGUGAUCGUAAGCGGGGCAAACAGGAAGGAGGAACGCUGGGACAUGGCGGAGAACGAGCAGAUCCUCACCACAGAGCGGACAGAGAAGGAAAAACUGGAGACGGAUGCCAUGUUCAAACUUGACCACGGUGGGAAAGACAAGGAGAAGCUCAAGAAGGCUCUGCCUUCUCUCUCGGAGAUCCAAGACCACCAGUCCGGCUGGAAGGACGAUUUCCAGCUUAACAGCACCCUCCGCAGGAAGUUCAGGACAGAGAAGAAAGUUCUGGCUGACCAGGAGGAAAAGGACAACACAGUGAGGAUGAGGACCAACCUGUCCAUCCCACUGCUGCCAGAGAAGGAGGAGGACAAGAAACUGGCAGCACUGCUCACCUACCAGGCACCCGACUCCUAUGACGACAAGCAGCACAGCAAGCGGAAAGAGAUCUCCUCUCGUUCGUGGUUCAACGCCACCUCAGCCCCACCCGGAAGUCCUGCAGGCAGUCUGCUCCAUAAGCUGGGCCUGCAGGGGAAAGAAGCGGCAGUGGCCAAAGCCCUGGGCUCCUCGCACAGCCCCCUGAUCCGCAAACGCACAGGAGGACUGGGAAUCAAAACCGAGCCCUGCGCCACCAUCACUCGCAGACAUUCAUGUGAUGGAGAGAAGGUCGCACAGAGAGAAGAAGCCCCAAGUAUAGCAGCAGCACAAGUGGGACAGGAGAUAGCACAAACAAAUGGCGGUGGCUCCAGGGAGACACAUGCCAAAACUACAGAAGCAGAUAAAGGACGAACUAAAGACUUUGGGAAGGAGAAGGAACCGGAAAGACCUUUAGCAACUAUCACAUCUCUGGUGGCAGACUACAGUGACUCAGAUUCAGACCCUGGACAAUGAGGCUGAAGGAUGAACUAAAUGGGACAGUUUCUGUUCCCAGUGAAUGGAAGUCAUUAGCAAAUGUGUCAUUUUGUGAAAGUGAAACACAAAGUGGAGAUGCUUUUUUACAGCUGCAGGCAUCAGCUAUAACUUGUGUUGCUUUUAACUUGUUGAAAAAACAGUAGUGGUUAACGCACCUGUCUGGUUUCAUUUCAGUAUUCUGAACUCUAAAUCAAAAUGUGUGGGAUAAGAUUUUAAUUUUAAGCUUUGUAGUCUGCAGAAAGCUCCGUCAUUAAUGUGUCAUAUGAUAAUAUAUCCUGUUAAUAAGGCCUUUGUUCAAACACUGCAGACACUUUAAAAUGUUAUCUGAUGGUAUUUUGAUUGAUUCUCACACGUUUGAUCUUACAAACUCUCAGCCACCUUGUAAAAUUAAAUGCAAAAUACUGUAUAAAAAACUG